UGUGAUGUCGACUCAAUUGUGCUUUUCUUUUUCUUUUCUCUGCAGGCCCAUAAUUUGGACUCGGCCAAAGCGAUCAAUGCCUACUUUGAAGAUCCGACCCCUCCAGUGCAGUACGAGGCACAAGCCUACUAUGAGAACCAGAAUGUGCCGUGUACGUUUCCUACGUUUCCCGCCAACCGCCCCGUUCGAUGAGGGGUAAGCUGACGACGAUCGUGUUAGCCUUCAAAAUAGAGCAUACAGAUCCGGUUCAGGGCCCGAGUUAUGCAGCUCCUUCACGGCCUCCUUCGAGAAUAAAUAUGCAUGAUGCUGGCCAGCCGCUGCAAGGUCCGGAUACGGCAGACAAGGGGAAUCCUGAAAAGGGAUUGUCACUAGCGGAGCAGGAAGAACGUGAACUGCAGCAGGCUAUGGCCAUGUCACUGAACCAGGAAAUCGGGCCCCAAGAGACCGGCGUCACAUCAGUCAAUCCAGCCACGUUUGGGAAAGCUACUCGCGAUUACUACGAGGAGAAUGCUUGGGCGAUGACAUUGAUUGACUCCAGCGCGAGAGAGAUCAUCAUCAGUCCGGAUCCUGAAGAUCGCAAGCGAACAGACGAUCAUCCCGUGUUCAUUCGCCCAUCUCAGGACAGCCCAUAUCUAGGCGGAUUGGUGACGAUCCUCCAUUCGAUUCCCCUGGCUCGCGAAUCCCUUCUGUUGAGAAGCCAUCUUCUUCCCAAUUAUGGCCAGGACUCGCAAUGGUGGAACGGACAAUCCAUCAACCUGCCCAAGGUGGUGACGAUGCAGAGCGCACAAGAUAACGACAUGGAGUGGGAUGACAUCCUAUAUGAGACUCAGAGACUGAUGGCCUUCCUGGACGGGACGAACCGCGCGUUCGGAAGUAGCGAUGCUUUGGUUUCCCUCAAGGCAAUCUCGGAUAGCUAUGGAUCAGAAGGUGGCAUUGGCCGAUUCCUGGAAGCCUGGCAAGGUGCAGCGGUUCGAGCAACCCCGGACAACCCAUUGGCUGCCACGUUUCUCUCACGCGCUUUCAAAAGACCGCUGGCGGAAAGCACCGAGCCCAUUGCCAAAGAGUUUUACACUCUGGACCCCUUUGUGGACCGGUCACACGGCCAGACGUUAUAUGAUGUCCUGGACCGAGCGGUGUGGUCAGAUCGACCUGGCGAACAGCUCGACGAUGUGUGGUUGGAACAUGUUGCUGAUGUUCUGACGAUCAAACUAGAGACCUCUGACAAUUUAGCAAACUCUGUCGAUGUCAAGAUCCCGUCCAUCUUCUACCCCGAUCGUUACCUUGAAACAAACAAGGAGCUUGCCCGUGCCUUUCGUCAAGAGAGGCUUCAGGCGAUGCAAGAGAUAACAGGUCUCGAGACUAUGAUCAGUCGGUUUACGAUGACGAGCCAACUCAUUUAUACUGGCCUCGAAAAAAAGGAUAUCUUACAGAAAUCUGCGGAAGCUGCUCCUGUGGCCAUGGCUAAUAAUAUGGCUGAUAGCGCCAGUCAGGAGCAAACUAGCCCUGAAGAGACAACUCCAAAGUCUGAUCGACUAGUUCAAGAAUUGAAAGACGCAGCUCAAAGGAUCGAAACGAAGCUAAAUGAACUUAUACUUAGCCGAGCGGGCGCUCUGGAAGACCUUCGGAAGUACACCAAGAUUCUGACUGAGCCGUCCGAGUCCGAGGCACAAUCUCCCCAGCACAGAUAUACCUUACGAGGCGUGUGUACUCAGCCUCACAUCACCUAUGUACUACGACGCCAGGCUUCCCCUGAUGCCGAAGAUUCGGCGAUGACUGAUACGAAGCCUCAAGAUGAAUGGCAAUGGUGGAGAAUCAGUUUUUCAACUGAUGAUGGAAAGACACAGCAAGCAAAGAAGACUCAAAGCGGUAAUACCCCCGCUGCUCCGACGAAUUCAGACGUGGUCGGGUAUACGGCUUCCAAAGUUCGCGAGAUCGAAGUCUUGCGUGCGGCUCGCGAGGAGUCCAAGAGCGUCAUGCUUGUCUACGCUACCAGCAACGCAGUGGAUGCGCCAGUGGAGGCCCUUCCAUCUCAACUUCAGGUACCCAAUUCCUGAACGUUAGCUAAGAGAAGAGGAAUGUUAACGACGUUUCUUAGAAAUUCGUGAGUCAGGAUAACGAACUUUUCGAUGCGGAAUUCCAUCCGGCACAAGAUAUCCCAAUUGCGAACGAGGAAUAUAUGGAGGGCCAGAUACCCUUAAUCACAGGACAGACUGGUAUGUCGAUUUUCUUUCCUUCCUUAUUUCUUUUCUUUUUCUUGGCCUUUUUUUCUCCUCUACACAUCAUACACAACGUUCCCCCCCCCAAUGAUCCAAGUUGAAACUCGCCCACCAACCAACACCACGCUACAGCCACGGAUGAGAUCGGUCAGAGUGUUAAUGUGUUCGACUAUGAAGUAUCCUCCUUUGGAGAAGAUCCGGCUCCCCGCGAGGAGAUGAAAGAACGAGGCGGCCCG